AUUCGCUACUUAUCAUUGGCGUCUUCGAAUUCUUCAGACUACUCUCCUCCUCUUCACAUUCAAGAUUUGCCGAGAUUAGGGUUAGGGUUUUAUUUCUGUUGAAGAACUUUCUCCAAACAUGGACCGCCACAGAGGCGAUAGGUACGGCAACAACCCUGAUUCGCAGAGGCACUCAAGAGGACCAUCUCGCUUCUCCGACGGUCCCAUGGACGACCGCCGCGAGUACCGUCGCAGCCCUAGCAAUUUCCGUGUCGGAUUAUCCAGUGGCGUACGCGAUCGCCGUGCUUUUGAUAGUCCUCCUCGUUACCCUGCUGAUGGUGAUGGGGUUGGAUUUCGCUCAAUGGGUGGUGUCGGAGAUGGCGGCGGUGCUGAAGGGUUUAGUUCGUACCACCAGAUGCCUCCUCUUUCUGGACAGAAGCGAGGGUACAGAGGAGGGUCUCCAGACCGCUUGGAAGGAGGCAGCUUUGCUAAACUUUUUGUCGGAUCCGUUCCAAGGACAGCCACUGAAGAAGAUAUCCGUCCUUUGUUUGAGGAACAGGGCCAUGUUUUGGAGGUUGCUUUGAUCAAAGAUAAGAGAACAGGACAACAGCAAGGUGUGUGCAAAUAGCAUAUUUUAUAAAAACAAGCGUGAUUCAUACCAAUAUCUCUUUUCAGGUCCUUUUAGGGGCUGAGGGGACAACGGUAAAAGCAUGUUUCGUCUCAGUUAGUAUUUGCAACAAUUUCGGGCUUCUGUGUUUUGCUUGCAACCUUUCCUUUAUGCUCGUCUUGUCCACCAAGAAGAAGACAAGAAUAAGCAUACAAAACCAAUCUAUUUUUGUGUAGCAGUUGGAAAUUAGCAAGCUGUAGCUCUUGCUCUGUUACUGGUUGCAGCAGAUGGGCAAUGUGCAACACCUUUUGCAACGGGAGUGUCUGAUAUCAUAACUUAGUUUUUAUGUGAAGAUGUGUAGAAUCACUAUUGUUUGUCACAACACUUGGAUUUUUGGUAAUAAAUUGGUAUAAACUAUGUUGAAUGUGGAGGAUUUCUAUG